AAAAUGCUUCUUCCACUGGCGGUGCUCUGGCGAUCGAGCCGUCUGAUAGAAAACUGGACAAAAAUUCUGCAAAGAAUAGCGGCUCGACGAUGUCACCAAAGUCUGUUGAAAAACAAGGACCAAAAGAGACGCCAGCUGCGCAAGUUCCUGCACCGCCAGCUGCACGAGUUCCUGCACCGCCACCUCCACCACCGCCACCUGCUCCAGAAUUUCUCAAUCCUUCGUUGAUGCGAAAUAGGAAAAGCGCUGAUUCACCGGUGGUUGUCAAUUCAGUAGCCGUUUACAAGAAGAAAUGUGCUACUAGUACGGUGUUUUGGGAAGCGAUAAAGCCGGAAGCAGUGGUGACGAAAGCCACUAUUUGGAGCGAUCAGAGCGGUACAAAUGCUGAAUUCAAACAGAGCGAGCGCGAAAGAGUUAGUAGAACAGCCUUAAUUUUUUGGCAUAAAUGUAUCUUUAGCUUACACGAAAACUAUUGA